AUGGCAUUUGCUAGGCUCUUAGCUCAAAUAAUUAAAUUACGAGCCCAAUUCCCACAUUAUCCCAUCAAGUCAAUCAGACUCGAUAAUGCUGGUGAGUUUACAUCUAAGACUUUUGAUGACUACUGCAUGUCACUAGACAUUGACAUUGAACAUUCUGUUCCUCAUCUUCAUACUAAAAAUGACUUGGCAGAAGCUUUGAUUAAGCGUCUUCAAUUGAUAGCUCGCACCUUGCUAAUGAAGACAAAGUUGCUAGUUUCUACUUGGGGAUAUGCCAUUUUACAUGUAGCAUCACUUGUGCGGUUGAGCCCCAUUGCCAACAAUCAAUAUUCUCCAGUACAACUUGUAUUGGGCAAUCAACCAAACAUUUCAUAUUUAAGAGUUUUUGGUUGUGCGGUAUAUGUGCCUAUUGCACCACCGCAACGUACUAAGAUGGACCUUCAACGCAUAUUGGGAAUUUAUGUUGGUUUUGAUUCACCAUCUAUCAUCAGAUAUCUGGAGCCCCUAACAGGUGAUAUCUUUACCGCAUGGUUUGCGAAUUGUCAUUUUGAUGAGACAAUUUUCCCACUAUUAGGGGGAGAAAAAUAUGUUCCUAAAGAACAACAAGGCAAACUUGUGCCUGAAGAACGACGUGAAUUGUCGUGGGAUGUACCCACUUUGUCUCAUGUUGAUCCUCGUACCGCUAAAUGCGAAAACGAAGUGAGAAGGAUCAUUCACCUCCAAAGUAUUGCAAAUCAGAUGCCAAACGCAUUUAAUGAUGCAACAAAGGUGACAAAAUCACAUAUCCCAGCUGCAAAUGCACAUGCAAGGAUUGAUGGCCAUAACAGACAAAAUAAUUUGCCAACAAAUGAUUUAUCUGUUGGACGCCUGAAGCGUGGCAGACCAUUAGGCUCAAAGGACUCAAUCCGUUGA